AUGCAGUCACUUCGCUCCAGAAGACCUUCCGAGUCAUCUCCGAAGUCACAGCAACGCGGGAACAAGCUCAUUCGACCAUCGCAGCGCGACCUCGCGCGCAAGACGACCCGCGUCGAUGACAAAAUCAGGAAGCGCAUGUCCAUGCGCUAUGCCGAUAUUUCCUCUCCGACGAGUGUGGAUGGUGUCCCUCCAGUGCCGAGUCUGCCUAUUGGGACAUCCCUGCCGAUGCCCGGGCAUGGCGAGGAGGAUGGCGUAAUCGUCAGUGCGACCACUCCUGCAGAGGAUUCGCGCGUGGUGGAGCUGAGGUUGUUGGACAAUGACGAGUUUGAUGCCGAUGCUUUUCUCAAGCUGAAGUUGGCGAACUCAACGGAAGCGGAACUGAAGACGCUGCAGUCGUCUUUGCAGUCGCAGAAGCAAGCUGUCGCGGUGGACCUGCAGCAUGACGUGUUCAAGAACUAUGAGGAGUUUGUGCAGGUUUCCAAGGAAGUCAGCGUAUUAGAGAACGAGAUGCUCGAAUUCAAGGAGUGCUUGGCGGACUGGAAGAGUAUGCCUUCUCUUCUGCACAUCGAGGAAUCCGCCUCAGUCGCAGAUCGCCGCCGCAACGUCCGAUCCUCUGUUGCGGAUCUGCGUGUACUAUACGCGAAUCAAAUGCAGACGCUUCAUACGCAGAUUGAGGGAUCGAACAAGUUCGUGCCCACCACUGCCGGGCGUCACGUUAUCACAGAGUUGGACAACGUUCUGUCGCUCAAUCCUGCGACGUAUAAGGUCGACCAUACUACCCGCUUCGUCGUACUCGACGAUGCUGUCCUUGUGGCACGAAGACGGAGGAGGCGGAACAACGCCGAGAGCGAUAAGCUGGUUGCGGAGAGGUGCUGGCCGUUGAAUGAGAUGCUCGUGUUGGAUACGAAGGACACUGCCACUAUGUCGAACGUGUUCAAGAUUCGCCACGGGAAGGAGACCCAUGUCUACCGCACUGAGGCACCAGGUGAUAAGCGACAUCUCUUGCAACAGUUCCGUCAAGUUGCAGAAGAGCUCUCCGCGAAGAGACGGAAGGAACGUGAGGGCGAACAUUUACGGCGGAAGAGCUUAUGGGGGGGUGACCGAAAUUCAGUCGCAUUCGAUGCAGCACCGUCGCCUCCGCCAUGGAUGGCGGAAAUGAUGGCCCAAGAAAUGGGCUCAACUGCAAAGGAAAAGGCCGAGCGUGAUGCACGUUGGAUCUCCGACUUCUCGGAUGAUCUCACUGUAGCCAUUUCGUUGCGAGAGUGGGAUCAGGCAGUAUCACUGGUUGAGCAAGGCGAAGCAAAUCUUCCUACCAUGCCCUCACUUGCAGUCAAACUUAACCCGCUUAAAGCGUCGCUCACGGCUGCACUUCUGCAGUCGCUAUCGAUGCCUACCAACCGCAAAACGAUGGUCGUGAGCAUCAUCUCUCUUCUAGUUCGACUCAAAGCAGGCGCAGCCGCGCGAAAUACCUUCCUCGCAGUGCGAGCAGACUUGCUUCGCAAGCGGGUACGAAUGAUACGAUUCGAGGGGCACAUCCCGUUGUAUAUCAGUGACUUGGCCAUCGUCGUGUUCACCGGGAUUAAGCACACGGCAGAUUGGUUCCUGGCGAGUUUCCGGGAGAAUGAAGUGGCGAGUUGCUUCGUGGAAUGGGCACGGAAGCAGAUGGAGGUGUACGCAGAGAUGUUCCGGAAACAAGUCUACAGUACCGAUGUAGACCAGGAGACGAUCGAGGAAGCGAUAAAAAUCACGCACAUCCAGAGCAGGAAGCUCCUCGAAGAAUACGGCAUAGACUUCCGGUUCCUCCUCGACCGAAUCCUGAUCGAGAAGCCCAAAGAUACCUUACCACCGCCAACUUUCCGUUCGCAUCCAGAGAAGGAACCCGAGCGCACGCGCGUGCGCGCCUCGACGCCCCUGCGUGCCCGCUCCCCUGCUUACCCAUCCGUCCCACCGCUACGCUCGCCCGUUCCCCCUGUUCCCCCGCUUCCGGAGAUCGCACCGCUCUCACACACGCCCCGCAUUGUCUCCCCUACGCCCCGUGCCGCGUCUGCUGUUUCUACCCGCUCGGCAACGCCUACGCCGCGCACGAGAGGCAGUGCGGCACCCCCACCGCGAUCGCGGGACCGCCCGGGCAGCGCGACCGGACAUCGUCCGCCGCCUGUCGCUAUCCCCAGGAGGGAAGGGAUGAUCUAG